UCCGAGCUCUGUCAUGGCGGCGCCCGGCUUUCUGGCCGGUGUGAAGGAACGGGAUGCUACUAGGGUUUUUGUCGGCGCGACAAGCCGGUUUGGACGACCCUCUGCGCCUCCGGAGAGCGGAGUCCACAAAGAGGGUUUUGGGACUGGAGUUAAACAAAGACAGAGAUAUUGAAAGGAUCCAUAGCAGUGGCGUUAACACCCUUGACAUCGAACCUGUUGAAGGGAGAUAUAUGUUGUCAGGUGGUUCAGAUGGUGUGAUUGUACUUUAUGAUCUUGAGAACUCCAGCAGACAACCUUAUUACACAUGUAAAGCAGUGUGUUCCGUUGGCAGGAGCCAUCCUGAUGUUCACAAAUAUAGUGUGGAGACUGUACAAUGGUAUCCUCAUGACACUGGCAUGUUUAUUUCAAGUUCAUUUGAUAAAACUCUGAAAGUAUGGGAUACAAAUACGUUACAAACUGCAGAUGUAUUUAAUUUUGAAGAAACAGUUUAUAGUCAUCAUAUGUCUCCCGUUGCCACCAAGCACUGUUUGGUAGCAGUUGGUACUAGAGAGCCCAAAGUACAACUUUGUGACUUAAAGUCUGGAUCCUGUUCCCACAUUCUACAGGGUCACAGACAAGAAAUACUGGCUGUUUCAUGGUCACCACGUUACGAAUAUAUCUUGGCAACUGCAAGUGCUGACAGUAGAGUAAAAUUAUGGGAUGUGAGGAGAGCAUCAGGAUGUUUGAUUACUCUUGAUCAGCAUAAUGGGAAAAAGUCACAAGCUGUUGAAUCAGCAAAUACUGCUCAUAAUGGGAAAGUUAAUGGCUUAUGUUUUACAAGUGAUGGACUUCACCUCCUCACUGUUGGUACAGAUAAUCGAAUGAGGCUUUGGAAUAGUUCCAAUGGAGAAAACACACUAGUAAACUACGGAAAAGUUUAUAAUGACAGUAGAAAAGGAUUGAAAUUUACUGUCUCCUGUGGCUGCAGUUCAGAAUUUGUUUUUGUACCAUAUGGUAGCACCAUUGCUGUUUAUACAAUUUACUCUGGAGAACAGAUAACUAUGCUUAAGGGACAUUAUAAAAAUGUUGACUGCUGUGUAUUUCAAUCUAAUUUCCAGGAACUUUAUAGUGGUAGCAGAGACUGUAAUAUUCUUGCUUGGGUACCAUCCUUAUAUGAACCGGUUCCCGAUGAUGAGGAGACUACAGCCAAAUCACAGUUAAAUCUAGCAUUUCAAGAUGCCUGGAGCAGCAGUGAUGAGGAAGGAUGAACAUCAAUCUUUAGUUCUUUUGUAUCUAUUUGUUAAACUUCUAAUGUGGGAAUUUCUUUUUAAGCUGUCCAUUGGUGGCUAAAUUAGCCCUGAAUGUAUGAUUCCCCACCCCCCCAUGCUAACCUCACAAGGUUAGUAUCUAUGAAAAUGGUAGAACAGAUUUCUACAUGGUUUAUUUUAUCAAAAUGUUUCCCCUACAUUCCAGCUGCUGUGCCUAGGGAAACCCCUAUUGCUACAGCAGAAAGAGACAAGUCCUCCUCCCUGUGUGGGACAUAGAACAGAUUAUAUGAACAAUAAGAUGCAGCCCCCAAGGACCAGCAAGUGGAGAUACCAGCAUUGACUUUUUCCCACUGGCUAUAUUACCACCCUGCUUAUUUUCACUUUCAAGGAUAAAUUUAGUAAAGAUAAUUAUAUUAAAAGCAAUAAUUGCAAAGAUAACAAAAUUAUUUUAACCAUAUUCAGAUACUCAGUUUUUCCAAUGACUUCAUUUACUUGACCAUCAUCAGCUCUAAUAUUAAAUAUUUUUGGACUCCAUGCUUCCGACAAUGCAAGCGGUGUAUCACAGGGGGGUUUUAACUUGAGGAAAAUCCCAUGUUUAUUGUAAUGCUCCAGGUGGCAGCUAUACUCAUUCUUGAAUCCCCAUCUAUGAAUCUCAUUAGGAUGUAACCAAGUCCUACUUCAUUCAUUGGAGCAGAAAAAUGUGCUGACGAGGAAUCUGGCUAAAACAUGAAAUGUUACAAAAAUUUCCAUUUUACUGUUUCUCCUUGUUAUGUCAUAGCCCACAGAUGAUUAUCAUGAAGCUAAUCGUAUCUUUCUUUCUUCCUGAUUCUUAUCAGCAGGAGGCUAGUAAAAGAAGUUUUGUGAACUUGAUUACCAAGCAUGCGGAGUUUUAAGUGUGUAAAUGUUAGGCCUCAUAUUAGAGCUACCUUCUGACCAAAUGCUUUCCACUCAUUUACUUUAUAGGUGAAUGUUUGGAACCCUGACCAUUUUGCUCUCAUUCUUUCCCUUCCUUGUUGAGGAUGCUUGAGACUUUGGAGAAUACUGUUGAAACUAGAAAUUAUUUUUUCUAAUUUUAAGAUAAAAGAGAUCUUUCUACAAGCUGUAAAACACUAUGUUGCCUCUUUCUAAUUAUAUAAAUAUGCUUUCCCAUUAGAAACAAUUCCAGCAUUAUAGAAACUCACAAAAGAAUGUAAUGGUGCCCUGGGAUCAAACCACCCUGAGGUAGCCACUGCUAGUAUUAUAGUGGUCAUUCUUCCAUGCAUCUCUUUAUACACCUAAUUUUAUAUAAUGGGAUGUUCGGCAUGUUGUUAUGGGGACUCCUGUCCUCCCCCAUUAGCACCUUCCUCCCUCUGCCCUACCCCUCCUGCCACACUCCAAGUUAUUAACCAAGUAUGUGUUCCUUCAUUUAUAAUCCUUUAUGGGCCUAUGUAGACAUAGAUGGGGAAGUAUUUUUGCUUUGCAAAAUGAAAUAUACAAUUUUGUCUCUCUUUUCAGUUUUAGCUUACAAAAUAUUUCUGUGUCAUUUGAUAUAAAAUAAUUAUGUUCACUGUAGUUUCUUCCUGUAUUUUUAUAGUCUUGCAUGUGGGUCCUUCAUCCUGGUCGCACUGCCUUUUCCAGGACUAGCUUAUUCUUAGGAGCACACCUUUAAUUAGAAACCAGCCAAUUCAAAUUACCCACCUCCAACCAUUUCCUUUAUCAAAUCCCCCUAUAUCAAACUAGUAUUUCUCCUGUCCUAAAUUACUGGAGGGCCAGAUACCAGACAACUAGUGACCACCCCUUUAGCCCUGACCCCACCAAAAUUAUUCAGGCUAUACAGUCCUAAAUUCAAUCAGUGUACCUACCCUGCCUCACUCAUAUCGCUCUCAAAAACCCCAAUAAAACCUUUGCAUCAUGCUUUUGCCUCCCUAGAGAGGAGGCCUCCUGACUGACCCUGCUUCUUCUGCCUGUGGCCCUGCAUGGCGUGAUAUGCCAUGCUUCUGGUUCUAGGUACAUGUGAGUACAAACUUACUCCUUCAUUACAGUAAUUUCUCUGUGUGUUUUGCCAUACAUGAUUAGAACAAACCCAGGUACAAGUCUUAACAUAGUUGGCACAGGAAACAGGGGGUUGAUACCAAAUGGAUAUGAUAUGACCUUAAACUGCUCUUGGCUUACUAAUUGCAUCCAAAAGUCAGUAACCACUACCUGAAAUGGCACCCAUCAUUGCUGGCCACCACUUGCUGCUUGAUGGCUACGGUAUUGUGUUGUCAGGUAUUGCCAUGAUCUCCCAACCUAAAGGGUGCACUCAACAUUUUUGCUCACAUAGAUACUCCCAAGGUAACUUCUGGCAGGGAAUCACAUCCAAAAAUGAGGUUAGGCAGGUUCCAGAGAACUGGGACAGGAGAGAUGCAAAAUCAAAGUGCAAAUCAAGAUGAUGGUGGCUGCCAUUGUCUCUGCUCAGGGCCAGGAGCAGCUUCUCUACUUCUCUCUCCCACAUGUCUCCUCCAAGUCUUCCCAGCAGUACCAGGAUAGAAGUUGGGCCAUAAGAGAGAGAGAGAGAGACAGGCCUGCCUGCCUUCCAUGGUAUAUAGGUCCACAGAGUUGCUCAUUUCUAUCCCUAGUUCCCAGCAGCUCCCCUCAAGAAGUUCACGGCAUACCGGGACUUGUAGUAUAAGGCUGCUCCAUGUAACUGGGAGUGGAGAAUAGGGUACCCAUUUUAUGUUUCUCCCUCUAAUACAGUUUAUCACAAUAAGUAUAAACCUAUCCCCACAUUUAACAUGAGCGAAUGAAUACUAUAAGUUUGCUUUUCUUUAGCAUCAGUCUUUUAAUUUAAACUCUUCCUUAGUGUGAAAGGAUCCACACUAAGAAACCAGCCUUAUUCAAAUGAAUUCAUUGAUCUUUUCAUCCUGUUGACCUCAGACAGACAGUUAUUUCACCAACAAAAUGGGUUUAUUUGGAAGCAACAACAAAGGCAAUGUGGAAAGUACUCUCAUGGCAACACAGGCACAUGCCUCCUGUCUUACCCAACCCAACUUAGAUAAAUGUUAGAGGGACUAUUGUGACCAAAGUGUUCAUUAGAGGAAACUGGGAAUUUGAUGUGUGGUGGCUGCUCACUCACUGGCCUCUGCAUGGCAUUAUUAGCUGAGCUGUUGCUGUGCAAAUAGGGACCUUCCAUUGUGAUGGGGAAGGAACACCACUUCCUGUCAGAGAUGCAAGGCAGGCUGGGUGCUAUAGUUUGCUGACUGCCUAUGUGUGAAAACACUUCUAGC